GAUGAACGGAGAGACUACACGAUAUAUCAGCUGCAAAAGUCCAUUCGGAAUAAAAAAUAAAUAAAUAAUUAGACAAUUGGUUUGCCGAUUUCCUGAAAAGGACCAGGGACGAAGAGGCUACCUGGACAGAGCUAACGAAACAGCCGAACCCCCUCUUUUCUUUCCGUCUGUGUGGAGGGGAGCAGGUGUUCAUUGCGGGAGACGCAUCGCCUCAGUCGGCUCCUCGAGCCUCAACAGGGUGUCGAGACGGGGAGGAGACCGGCUAAAAACGUCGCGAACUUAUCACCGAAACCCCCACGAGGACGAAGGAAGGGGGAAUUAAACGCAUUUUAAGGGAGUGCUUUUUGGAGACUCCGGAUAAGAAGCGAACCCCUCUGGUGUCGCAGUCACCCUGUUUUCACUUUUUUUUUUCCUUUCACUAACUAAUUUUCACCGGUGUAAGUACUAAAAGCUAAACACCCUCCCAAAUUUGUUGCUGUGAAACUUGUCCUCUUUCCGUUUUUUUUUGUUUCUUCUUCUUCUUCUUCUUCUUCUUCUUCUAACCUGUUGUGUCGUUUUUCCGUGUAACCCGACCCGCGGCGCGUUAACGGUGCCACCGCCAAGUCAGCCUGUGUGGUAUCCGAGCAGAGCGCGUCCUUCUGGGGGGUGUGGGGGGGGAGAGAGAGAGCCGAGGGGGAUCCACCGCCACUUGGGUCCACGGUUACACUGGAAAUCUGCAGUAAGUUGCGCUCACGUUAAGAGACUCAGUCACCGCCUCCGGACCGGAGUGGUGUUCUCACAGAAUCAAUUACUGGAUUGAUUUUUUUUAAUUUUUUUUUUAGAGCAUGCACUCGUAGAGGCAAAACCGCAGAUGGAUAAUUUAAGUGUUUUAUCGCUUCCCUGUUAAUACCACGGCGGUCUGGACGGCCAAAUGACCCGCGGGACAAAUCCCCGGUGAGGACAUCAAAACAAGCGCGGGAUUUGAGGUCGAUAGCAGAGGAAAUAAGCCGAUAAGUCUAAAACACGCUCAAACGUAUUAAUUUUGUUGCUCGGAUCAAUCCAUAUGAAAAUGAGGUAUCACGGGUCACAGGAAGACACGGACUCCGCAGCCGCAGCCGGAGACCACGGCGCCGUCGCACCGUGAAGCCGGACUGGUGAGGGAAAGUCUCCUUCUUCCUCCUGCUUCUCCUCCUCUCACCGCUGCCCUGGUGAGUUUUUAGGACACCGGAGUCGGGACGCAAGAGCUGGGGGGGUGGGAGCUUUGCAGCAGUGACACCGGUGAACUCCCAGAGCUCCGGUAUCCGCCAACACCGGAGCGAAAGCCCGCGGAUACCGGUACCGAUACCCCCGUUCCCCCCCCCCCCCCCGAGAUUUGUUUCCCAGUCGUGCACAAAGCAGAAGGAGAGAGAGAGUUGCAAAAGCUAGGACUAUUGGCGGGCUCUCCAGCGGGAUGAAACCGGGAAUUAACCGUGUGGGAUCUCCGGAUCGCGUGGAGGGACCCACGGCGGGGAGCGCCGGGAUGGCGACGAUGAGGACCGGGACGAGCCGGAGCGGGAGCCGGUGUCUGCCUCUCCUUCUCCUCCUCCUCGGCAGCAGCUGCCACAUGUUGCACGGCCAAGAGGUGGCUCCCUAUGUGCGAGGGGCUGGACUGGGGCAGCAGGUGGUGUUGGAGGGAAACAGACUGGUACUGACCUGCCUGGCUGGAGGCAGCUGGCCUCUGCAGUAUCGCUGGACUCUCAACAACAGCAACAUCACUGACUGGACACCACAAUACAGGUUGUCCAUGCCGGCUCUGAGGAGGACUGAGGCCGGCCUGUACCAGUGUAUGGUGAGGAACAGGAUGGGGGCAGUGAUACAGAGGAGGACGGAGGUGCAGGUGGCCUUUUUGGGGAACUUCUCCGGCGAGGAGCAGAGGAAGACGGCCACUCAGGGCCGAGCAGCCGUCAUCAGCCCGCCUCCCCUCCCGUCUUUUCCCCAACCGCAGGUCACGUGGUUCAAAGACGGACACAAGAUCAUCCCCAACAAGCGAAUAGCAAUCGCUUUGGACAAUCAGUUGGUUGUCUUGGCAACAACUGCAACAGACGCAGGACGGUACUACGUGGAAGCGGUGAACGAGGUGACGGGAGAGAAUGUGACGAGUCCCGCGGUCUACCUGAGCAUCUCAGUUGGCAAGAAAAACCGUGGGUCAACAGAUCCGGAGUCGGAGCUUGUGGCUCCAACAAUUGUGAUUGGCCCUAAGAACACGACGGUGGUGGCAGGGAGGGAGGCUACACUCGAGUGCAUCGCUAACGCCAGACCACUGGAUGGCCUUGUGGUGUCAUGGAAACGUGACGGGCGUCAGCUGGCCAGUGGGCGUCGGCUCAGUUUUCACGCACCCACCUCGUCUGACACCGGGUUAUAUGUUUGUGAAGCAUCACUUAGCAACAGCACUGCCAAACCUGUGGAGGCAAGGGCACACCUCACUGUAAUGGAACCACCCACUCUGACUGUGCAGCCCAGAAGGAUGAUCGUUGCUGAGCUGGAUAGGAAUGUAGAUAUCCCCUGCCUGGCCACAGGCGCGCCCCAGCCCAGGAUAGAGUGGUAUAAGGACGCCGUGCCUCUUUCCAAAUUGGCCAACCCUCGCUACAAGGUCACCGCGGCGACCGGGCUGACGGUGCGCAGGGUUCAGCCGGGAGACGGAGGGAUAUUCCAGUGCUUCGCCCGCAGUGCUGCCGGAGAGACUCAAACCCACACGCAACUGCUCGUCUCCAGCAUGGCUCCCACAUUUACAUCCCCACUGUCUGACCAAACAGUAACUGAAGGCAACACAGCUUUGUUUAGCUGUCAGACCAGCGGAGCUCCAAAACCAGCCAUCACCUGGAGGAAAGGGUCGCAGGUCUUAGCCAGCGGCUCCGUCCAGGUUCCCAGGUUCACGCUGCUGCAGUCGGGUGGUCUGCAGAUCCAGCCAGUCAGCUUCCAGGAUUCAGGAGAGUACACCUGCAUCGCUUCCAACUCGGAGGGGACCAUUAACGUCACAGCUGCUCUCACCGUCUGGAGUCGCACGUCUAUUUCCGUGCCUCCCACAGACCUGCGUGUUAUCAAAGGAACCACUGCGGUUCUGGAGUGCAACGCGACGCAUGACUCCAGGAUCGAUAUCAGCUUCAAGUGGGAUAGAGGCGGCGUGGCCGUCCUUCCCACUGGCGGAGGCCGAGUGUCCGUGCGCCAGGGGUCCCUCACCAUUGGCCAAACGUGGUCAGGUGACAUCGGGGAUUACACCUGCACCGUGACAUCGCAGGCUGGAAAUGAUUCCCACUCCGCACGCCUCGAAGUCAUUGAGUUGCCGCACUCUCCUCGCUCCCUGGCGGCUCGUCUCAACGAUUCAGACUCCCGCUCCGUCCAGCUGUCCUGGCUACGCCCCUUUGAUGGGAACUCCCCUCUUCUGUACUACCUGCUGGAGCUCUCUGAGAACAACUCGCCAUGGAAGGUCUACCUGUCAGAGGUUGAUCCUGCCGUGACUGAGGUGUCGGUGGGCGGGCUCACACCCGCCAGGACGUACCAGUUCAGACUCUGCGCUGUCAAUCAAGUGGGCCGGGGCCAGUACAGCGCUGAGACCCAGAGGUUGAUGCUAAGGGAGGAGGCACCCAGUGCCCCCCCUAAAAACAUCGUGGCCAGUGGGCGCACAAACCAGUCCAUCAUGGUCCAGUGGCAGCCCCCCCCAGAACCCCAGCUCAACGGAGUCCUCCGAGGAUACGUACUCAGGUACCGUCUGGCAGGGCUGCCGGGGGACUAUCAGGAGAAGAACAUCAGCAGCCCAGAGACCAACUACUGUCUGCUCAAAGAUCUGAUCAUCUGGACCCAGUACCAGAUCCAGGUGGCUGCCUACACAGGGGCCGGCCUGGGCGUCUACAGCAGCCCCGUCACUGAGUACACGCUGCAGGGAGUUCCCACAGCACCUCCGCAGGAAGUGGAAGUUGUAGCUAUUAAUUCAACCACCAUCCGCUUUACAUGGAACCCUCCACCUCAGCAAUUCAUUAACGGCAUCAACCAGGGAUACAAGCUGCUGGUCUGGCCGGAACAAUCACCGGAGGAGGUUACCGUAGUAACCAUCACCCCUGAAUACCCCGGUUCACGCCACACUGGAUUAGUUAGCGGACUGAAGAAAUUCACCUGGUACUUUGGCUCCACCCUCUGCUUCACGACACCUGGAGAUGGCCCACGGAGCCCGCCCACCCUGCUGCAGACACACGAGGACACUCCCGGGCCUGUUCGCCGCCUGAGCUUCACUGAAAUCUUGGACACGUCGCUCAGAGUCAGCUGGGCAGAGCCUGAACACAAGAACGGCAUCAUCACCGGCUACGUGCUGUGGUGGGAGGCGCCCGGCGUGGAGUCGAGUCGUGAGGAACGUUCCCUGUCCAACUCCACCCUGCAGUACCAGCUGACCGGCCUCACCUCCACCACCGCGUACACGCUACAGGUGGCUGCUCGCACUGCCGCAGGACGGGGCGUGGUCACGUCCUCCACCAUCUCCACGGGAGUCCCGCCAGAACUUCCCGGUGCCCCUUCCAACUUAGUCAUCUCCAACAUCAGCCCUCGGUCGGCAACACUUCGGUUCCGCCCCGGCCCUGAUGGCAAGACCGCCACAUCCCGAUGGAUAGUAGAGGGACAGGUGGUGAAGGAGGACGGGAAGGAGGAGGCCUGGAGAGUCGUCUACAAGAAAGACAAUCAGCCAGAUGCAGACACGCUGGAGAUCCCAGACCUCACCCCUUUCACUCAGUACAGGUUCAGGAUGCAGCAGGUCAACAUUGUCGGUUCCAGUCCAAUGAGCACCCCCUCCAGACUGAUCCAGACCUUACAGGCCGCCCCCGACACGCACCCCUCCGGCCUCAGCCUGCUGUCGGCAACGCAGACGAGCCUGCGGUUCGGCUGGAAGCCUCUUCCAGAGUCCGAUUAUAACAGCAGCCCGGAGACCGUGGGCUACAGGCUGCGUGUGUGGAGGACGGACGGCCGAGGGGAGGACAGGACGGAAGACGUGGAGGGAGCGGGGGACGCCAGCGAGGCCACGGUAGAGGGCCUGAAGCCCUGGACCGAGUACCAGGUUCAGAUACAAGCCUUCAACUCCAUAGGACCGGGGCCGUGGAGCAACACUGUGGCUGCUCGGACCGCAGAAUCAGUUCCAUCUGGAUCUCCUGUGAAUGUGAGCGCCGAGGCAGCGAGCUCCUCCAAGAUCCUCCUCACGUGGUCCGCCCUCCCUCAGGACCAGAGGAACGGAGUCAUCGUGGGAUAUAAGGUGUUGUACAAGGAGAAAGACUCAGAAGGUCCCCCCACUGUUAAGGCGGCAGAAGGAGAGGGCAGUGUGUCGCUGCUUCUCGGGGAUCUGCAGAAAUACACGGUGUAUGUCCUGCAGGUGCUGGCGUUCACGCAGAAGGGCGACGGCCCACCCAGCAGCCCCACGCUGCUCAGAACCAAGGAAGAUGUUCCAGGCCCCCCUGUCAGGAUGGUGUUUCCAGAAGUUCGACUGUCAUCAGUUAGGGUGGUUUGGCAGCCGCCCGCGUUCCCCAACGGCAUCAUAUUAGGCUACCAGAUCUCCUACCGCCUCGACAGCAGGGACCCCCAGCGCUGGACCACGGUGGAGGUGGGCUCCAAUGCUCGCCAGUUCACCGUCACAGGUCUUUCCCCCGAUCAGGCGUACGUGUUCCGACUCACCGCUCGCACCGCCGUGGGCUGGGGCGAAGGACAGGAGGCCCUGGUUGUUACCACUGAGCGCAGAGAGCGUCCCCAGCCGCCCAGGAAGUUGUCUGUUCCUCAGGAUGAGGUCGAAUCUCGCCGCCUCCGCCUCCACUGGGUGACCGGUGGCUCGGGCUCCUCUCCGCUGAGGUACUUCACUCUGCAGCACAAGGAGCUGCCCAGCGGGGACUGGAAAACCCACACAGCUGACAUCCCGCACAAUGUCACCUCCUGGAUCGUUGACAGGCUGAAGCCCUUCACAUCUUACAAGUUUCGGAUGUUGGCAACCAAUGACGUAGGAGACAGCGUUCUCAGCAAAGAGACAGAGGCCGCUACGACUCUGCAGGAUGUGCCUGACGAGCCUCCAGUCAUUGUCACGGUGAAGCCGACAACCACUACCUCCGUGCUGGUGCAGUGGAAGCGUCCCAGUGACCAAAGUAUCAACGGGGUUUUGACCGGGUACAGGCUGUAUUACAGAGAGCUCCCAGUAAACACAUCCGCUGUCCCCGAAGUAGAAGUCCAGGCAACCAAAAACAACACCACAAGUGCCCUCAUCACAACCAAGAGCACCUUCAAGACGGUGAGCAGUGCCGCGCUAACCGAGUUUGAGUUGACACAACUGAAGAAGUUCAAACGCUAUCAGAUCGUUAUGACGAGCUACAACAUAAUCGGAGAGAGCCCCCCCUCGGCUCCGUUUGAGGUGUCUGUAGGAGAAGCAGCUCCAUCCGUGGCCCCUCAGUCCAUCCGAGUGUCAGCGGUGUCGCCCUCUAUUCUGGAAGUGACCUGGGACACACCCCCCCUCGAGACCCAGAAUGGACUCAUCCAAGGAUACAAGAUCCACUACUGGGAGAGAGACAAGCAGAACCAGAGCGAGAAGGUGAAGGUGAUUUUCGUCCCGGAGACCAGCGUGAACCUGACCAACCUGACCAGCUACACGCCGUAUCUGGUCACGCUGACUGCCUUCAACACGGCCGGCGACGGGCCUCCCAGCGACCCCCGCGGGGCCCGGACCAUGCAGUCCGCUCCCAGCCAGCCGAGCUACCUGUCCUUCUCCGAGGUGACAGGAGGAAGCGUCAAUGUGUCCUGGGGAGCUCCGCUCACUCCUAAUGGACAGCUGGAAGGCUACAGGGUCAUCUACCAUCCCACCGCACCGGUGCAAGGAGUCAGUAAAGUGGUGACAGUGGACGUGAAAGGCAGCUGGCAGCGGUGGCUGAAGGUCCGGGACCUGACGAAAGGAGUCACGUACAGCUUCGGCGUUCAGGCUCUCACGGUCAGCUACGGACCACCCAUACAGGCCAACAUCACCGCUCAGCCCGUGAAAGGCUCCCCUGGGUCACCCAUGGAAAUGUCCAUCUCCAAGACGUCCUCCGAGCUCACCAUCCACUGGUCAGAGGGGGACGUCGGCGCGGCACCGGUGACCGGAUACGUCGUGGAGGCUCGUCCUUCAGAUGAAGGAGUGUGGGAUUCCUUCAUCAGGCUUCUCCCUCCGAGCAGCAGGUCUGUUUCGGUGCCGCUGGAGCGCCUGAGGUCGGGGAUCAGCUACGAGUUCAGAGUCAUCGCCAUGAAUCGCUAUGGUUACGGGCAGCCGAGUACACCCUCUGCUGCUCUCGCUGCUCUGUCAGACCGUCCCUUCUAUGAGGAGUGGUGGUUCUUGCUGGUCAUGGCUCUGGUGGGACUCAUCCUCAUUCUGGUCCUGGUCUUCGCGCUGCUGCUGCACGGACACAGCUCCAAGUACAAGGCCUGCGGCACAGGGAAGCACGUGUCCACAGCGGAGGAGUCAGUGACGCUGGACAACGGAGGCUUCACUGCUCUGGAGCUGAACAGCAGAGCUCUCAACUCUAAGAACUCCUUCCUGAAAAAGAACGGGACCAGGUCUCCUCCCAGGCCCAGUCCAGGUGGUCUCCACUACUCUGACGAGGACAUCUGUAACAACUAUAAUGGAGCUGUCCUCACUGAGAGCACCACACUCACUGAAAAACCCACCGAGGUCUCUGAGUCAGAGUUAACAGACAGCGACUACGAGGACGAGCAGCCGAAGCACUCCUUCGUCAACCACUACAUGAGCGACCCCACCUACUACAACUCCUGGAAGCGGCAGCCCAAAGGCCUCAAAGGGAUUAGCUCGGGCGCUCCCUUCGGCUACGAGGAGUGCGCCACAGCGGACACGGAGCCCUACUACCAGACCGUGGUCACCCAGCACAGCACGGGGGGCGCGUACACGCCCACGGGGCAGCCCGCGCACACGCACGUCAACCCCAACACCAACCCACCGGGGUCACGCACCCCCGUGACAGGAUUCUCCUCGUUUGUUUGACUCUAGAAAACCUGCACAAAUUCAUACACACACACACACACAAACACAACCACAUGUACACAUUAUGGAGGAUUGGGGCCGAUGUGUGUUUGGAUUAAAGGAGACGGGGACGAGACGAGGACACGUGGGACGAGCUGGUGACAAAACAGCCCCGGAAGGACUGAACUCACACCUCUCACUAGCCUUCUCCCCUCCUUCACAAACACCCCGUGGUGAAGAGUGUGCGUGUGUUGCUCUUUUACUCUUUUACGCCUCUGUGUCACUGUGCUUUCACACAGUCGCCGUCCUCAAUUUCCACACACACGGACGCACACAUUCACGCCAUGAACCACCAGAUACUCUCAACUGUUCCAGAGACUCUCCGCUGGGAGCGGCGAGCAGACAAGUCCAUUUGUGUUCAUGUCGACGAGAGAGAGACUGGGAUUUCUGCACAAAGCUUAUCCUCUGUUUUCUGUAUUUACACUUAAGUGCACAAGUAUACACACACACACACACACACAAACGCACUCUCUGAUGCACCAUUUCAGUACCUCCUACUGGGAGAGAGGAACCUCAAGGUUGAGGGGAGUUAUUAAAAGAUGGCACAGGAGGGAGCAGCUUUUGUUGACAGACUGGUUCAUGUACAAAAAAAACGCAGAGCUGUCAGCUUCAAAAGGCCGCCGCACAGAGAGGACAAAGACGACGUAACGAUCGAUAAUCACCGCUUUCGAACUCGAAAAAAAGGGACGGAGAGCGACGUGGACAGGGGGUUCUUCAGCACUUAACGGCAUUCUCAGCGAGAGCGUCGAGUGAAAGGCAGCGUGUGACGUUUGAGUUUCAGCUUGGAAGAUCUAAAACCAUGUUUUUUAUACCGUCUACUGCCUGUUGUCUCCUUAUACCGCAGCCUCUCAAGCCAUAAUGCUUGCACUGAGCCGAAACCCCACACAUCUCACCUUAGUUCUGUUCCCAUGUCAUUUUUUGAUAGUCUGAGUGUGACACGUGUGCGUACAAGCAUGCGUGUGAAAUGUCCGUUUCCAAAGCCCCGACCGUCCGUCUGUGUAGUUCACCGCUAAGCAAAGUGUGCCAUUGUAUGUAUGUUUGUAUUUUUAGGAUGGAUUUUGUACAGGGAAAAACCUUUUUACUUGUUGCCCGUAGUUCGAACCACGUUCGUGCGUUUAAAAGCAAAUGACUGAACGGCACUGGAGGAAAGUUGACAUACAGGAACGGAGGAGAAAGAAAAGGAACAAAUCAUUGAACAAAAAUCAUAAAAAAAAAAAAAUAAAAAAAGCUGCAGCGACUGAGAGAGCGAAUGUGGAACGACAGGAGGAUCAUUCUCGUUCAAACUGUCUGAGGCUGGCUGACACACAUGUACUUUGUACUUCUCUCCAAGUGCAAACAAAGUUCACCUGUAAGUAUAAUUUAAAUGUUCGUCAGCCAGACAGCGGCUUCCCUCACUCUGCCACGCUUGUUUUGAUCUCCAUGCAGUGUGUGAAUAAAUGAUCAUUGUUUAUCA